AUAAAUAUAAGCAGAAAUUCGCUUAAGACAAUGCUUAACUGUUUUACUUGGACCUUAUAGUGCACUUAACGUUCGAUCAUUCUAAAUCACAGUGUCUGCUCAGUUUGAUUAUAAUAAUCAUAAUGAUGUUUAAUAAUUAUUUACAUACAGGUGUUGUGCUAAAGCGUGAUUUAAUUAAGUACAAAAUGGAAUAAAACGUUGACAAACGAAGUUGUGAAUAUGUACGCGGAAGCUUAAAUUUUCAUUUGUUGUGAAAUUGUUUUAUGUCGUGGGCAGGAUAUUUCGUCGACUAAUUCGAGGAUGUAUUGCUGCAAAUUUCCAGGUGUAAUACUUAUUUCUCUAUACGCAUCUUCAGUUCUUCUGGAAAAGAUAAACAACGGCAAAGGAUGUUUCUAUAAGGGUGCAUUUCACCACGGCAACUGGACUGAUGGUUGCGAAUUUAACUGUACCUGUCUCGAUACAGACAAAGGUCACUAUAAAUGCCAUACACGAUGUCCAGUAUAUCCGCAGUUACCACCAGGUUGUGUGUUGAAGUUGCCUAUUGGGGAGGAGUGCUGCCAGCAACCGGACUGCAGUGCUGUAACCGUGCCAUACACUAUCAACAACAACAACAAUAACGACAACGGAAACAACAACAACAUCAGCAACAACGAAAACAACGGUUAUAACAACAGUGACAACAAUGGAUCCAGUGAUGAAACCAACUCAACAAAAAUCGAGGACUUAAUUGGCUCUUUUAACAACGCUUCUAUCACAGAAUAUGGAGAACAAACUGGCUGUUUUUAUAAAGGAAAAUAUCACUACGGUAACUGGACAGACGGAUGCGAGUUUAAUUGCAGCUGCGAGGACCCCGUCUUGGGAACUUACCGCUGUCGGAAAAGAUGUCGGGAGUAUACAGAACUUGAACCUGGCUGUACUUUAAAAUUGCCAUCUGAUAAUGAAUGCUGCAGGAUACCAGAAUGCAACUCAACAAACACAGCAACUAACACAAGCGAUACAUAUGUUAACAAUAUAAGAAAUAAUAAAAAUGAUUUUCACAGUAUUAAACCUAAUAUACACAGUAAUUAUAAAACAACAACAACAACAACGCUUCCGCCGAUAAUUGUUGGUGUUACUAGAACAACUUCUCUUCCAGAAAUAUUUCCAUCUAAAGUUGCUAAUGGAAACCAACUAACUAAAACAAUCGACACUGAAGUUGUAGGUUACAAAUUAUUAAAUAAAACAAAUAAAACAAACACAAAAGACGCAGAAGUUUUGAGUGCAACAGAAACAGAAAAAUUAGCAAUAAUUUUCUCAAGAUUUGGACCAGUCAGGCUAUUCACAGUCGCGAAAAAUAACGAUGUAAUUUACGCUAACAAAGAUAGAAAAGAUACUACCAUAGACUCUGCGACUGCAAAUGGAAUCUUACCGGGACAACAAAAUGUAAUUCCGAAAAGUGAGAAAGGAUUUACUAAUAGAACCAAUGAUCAGCGAGAUAACAUAACAGGGACAGGAGAAUCAUCUGCAAAUAUCAGUCACAUCAACACAGGAGGAGUAUGUCGAUAUAGAGGAAUCAAUUUUACACAAGACGAACAGUGGUUUGAUGGAUGUAACUUCACAUGUGUAUGCGAAAAUGCAUCCAGAGGACUUUAUAAAUGUAGAAGUAGAUGUCCAGUAUAUAAGGCUCUUCCAUAUGGGUGCGCAAUGCGCCGAAGCAGUGUUGACAAUUGCUGCCUCGUGCCAGACUGUCGCUAUGCAGCAGUUGUCAGGGGAAACAAGAAAGUCACAACGUCGAGGAUAUUUUCAACUAUUCAACGGUUAGAGAGCAUGGAAAAGUCGAUGUUGAAACAAAUGUUCAACAAAAGAAAUAAAAUGAGAAAUGAGCUUUUACGAACUGACAAAGAUAAAGAAAUUCGCAUGAAAAAAACACAAAACGGUCCAACUGUCAUAAAAGAUAGUGCAUUAGACAAAAGAAUUCAUCAAAACAUGAAUAAUUUCGUUAAAGAAAGUAGUACAAAUCUACAAAUAGACAACAGGCAGCUGGAAAAUACGAAGCAAAACAUAAACUUUAAAAUACCGAAAAGGAACAGAUCAAUCCCAAAACAAGAGAUAGUGACACCAAUAAGUGUAAGAAAUUUAGGUUCCAAUGUAAAAAGUGGUUACACUAAGGCAAGAAAGGAAAAGAAAAAAUAUAGACACAGAAGAUUUAGAACGAUAGCAACACAAACUGGAAUGUAUAAAGUUAGAAAAAAAGACGGUAUCAUUUUCGCUUACAAACAGCCAGUAUCAAAAGUGUUCGGUAAAAUGUUAAGUGUUACACUGCCUGGAAAAACUUUCAAAGGACGUUACAGUAAUUCAUCAGAGUUCUGUGAAUACAAAGACAAACGUUAUACCGAAGGAGAGACAUGGUUUGAUGGUUGUGAGCUACUUUGUUUUUGUCAGGGUGGUGGCCGGUUUGUUUGCAAUCAGAGAUGUCCCGAAUACAGCCGCAUCCCAAAUGGCUGUUCCUUGAUACCACCCAGGGUCGGACAGUGCUGUGCACUUCUCGUGUGUCGACGAACGCCAACCAGAAAUAAUCCACCAGCUUCUUACUUGAACAUUUAAAUCCAGUGAUAUUGUGUAAAAUGUGCAAAUGUGUUUUAUGUAAAUUAUUUAUGCUAUUAUUAUGA